CUUGUGUCAAAAACAGCUGAUCGGGUGAUAUUGUUAUCAACUUAUCAUCAUCGUCAGAUUCAGUUCCAGUCAGCUCAUGUAUUGCCUUCGCGGUUGAGUAAGUUCAGCGCGAAACGAGUCCUAGCAGCGUAUCCGAUUGAUGGAGUUCUGAGCAAGUUUAGCAACAGUUGAGUCAGUAGUGGUAGUGCCGGGUCGCCGCUCGCACGUCGCCCCGCAUCACUAUCAGUGACGCAAUGAUCCGCCGCCCCGCCGCCGCCGCGCGCCUGCGGGCCGCUAUCUGUCGCCUGCUCAGCACUGAUGUGCAGCCAGCGGUGUCGGUGUCCCCCGAGCGGGUGGGCCCGGAGCCCGCAGCCCCGCAGCCCGGAGCGGUGGCGCCGCUGAUGGACGGGCACGGCCGCCUGCACGACUACCUGCGCAUCUCGCUCACCGAGCGCUGCAACCUGCGCUGUCAGUACUGCAUGCCGGCGGAGGGCGUGCCGCUGUGCCCGGCGGCGGCGCUGCUGGCGGGGCCGGAGCUGGCCCGGCUGGCGCGCGUGUUCGCGGCGCUCGGCGUGCGCAAGGUGCGCCUCACGGGCGGCGAGCCCACGCUGCGCCGGGACCUGCCCGACAUCAUACAGUCUCUGAAGUCGAUCCCGGGCAUCGAGACAGUAGGCGUGACGACCAACGCGCUGGUGCUGACCCGCGCGCUGCCCGCGCUGCGCCGCGCCGGCCUCGACGCGCUCAACGUGUCGCUCGACACGCUGCGCCCCGACCGAUACCUGCACAUGGCACGAAGGAACGGUCUGUCCCGCGUGUUGGCGGCCAUCGACCUGGCGUUGCAGCUGGACUACCGCCCGCUCAAGAUCAACACCGUGCUCAUGAAGGGGUUCAACGACGACGAGAUCUGCGACUUCGUGGAGUUCACGCGCGACCGAGAAGUAGAAGUUCAUAGAGUUCAUGCCGUUCAGCGGCAACGCGUGGCAGCGGGACCGCCUGGUGCCGUACCGCGAGGCGCUGCGGGCCAUCGCCGCGCGGUACCCCGACCUGAGGGCAGUGACGCCGAGGCCCAACGACACCGCACGGGUGUUCCAAGUGGAGGGUCACGCGGGGCGCGUGGGGUUCAUCUCGUCCAUGACGCACGCCUUCUGCUCCUCCUGCAACCGACUCCGGCUCACCGCCGACGGGAACCUCAAGGUGUGUCUGUUCGGGUCGGCGGAGGUGUCUCUGCGGGACGCGCUGCGCGGGGGGGCCGAGGACGAGGAGCUGGCGGCGCUCAUCAGACAGGCUCUCAUGAACAAGAAGCCGCAACACGCUGGCAUGCAGAGCCUCAAGGAUAUGAAAAACCGGCCCAUGAUUUUGAUCGGUGGCUAGCGUCAUAUCCGUCCCCCCCGCCCCCCUCGCUGCUGCAGCGCCCCCCCGCGGCGGUGACGUCCCGGCGCGCGUACAGCUCGCUGUCGCACGUGGACGAGGCGGGGCGCGCGCGCAUGGUGGACGUGGCGCACAAGCCUAGCACGGAGCGCGCGGCGCGGGCCGAGUGCGCGCUGCACGUGGCGGCGCCCGUGCUGGCCCUGCUGCGCGCGCGCCGCGUGGCCAAGGGCGACGCGCUGGCCGUGGCCGAGGUGGCGGGCGUGCUGGCCGCCAAGCGCACCGCCGACCUCAUCCCGCUGUGCCACUCGCUGGCGCUGAGCUCCGUGCGCGUGUGGGUCACGCUGCCCCCGGCGAGGGACGCGGGGGACGGGGCGGGGGGCGCACUGCGCGUGGUGUGCGAGGCGCGCGCGGGGGGCCGCACGGGCGUGGAGAUGGAGGCGCUGACGGGCGCCGCGGUGGCCGCGCUCACGCUCUACGACAUGUGCAAGGCGGCCGACCCGCGCAUGCGCAUCACCGACCUGCGCGUCACACGCAAGCAAGGGGGCAAGAGGGACUUCAGCGAGGAACACGAGAAUGAGCAAACAAAGGCUAGUGAGUCUGGUGGGCCCCCGGAGUCUGAAGAUCCCCCAAAGCCCAGUGGGCCCCCCAAGUCGGGAGACCCCCCAAAGUCCAAUGGGCCCCCGAAGAAGUCUGGAGGCCCUCCAAAGUCAAGUGGCUCCCCAGCAGAUCCAAAAGAGCCGUUUGCGCCUGUAAACUUCAUGUAUUUCUGACUGUUGGCUGUGACGCGUGGUGCUGUGUUGAGGAGUGAAUGUGCGUGUAGAUUACGCUAGUCUAGAAAUUGGUUCGUGUGUAAGUUCCAAAAGUGCCAGGUUGUACCUACUGAGGUUGUAGAAUUAAGUACAUUUGCUAAAGUAAUUGUGCAAUAAGUAUAAAAUGCAGAUAAAAUAUGCAUUAACAAUAAAAUUAAGUCCUAUACAAUGUUGUUAUAUGUAUAUAAUAGUACAAGCUAUUGUUAUAUUUUAUAUACCUGUACCUGUUUAGGUAACAUAAUAAGUAUAUUUAAGGUUUUGCAAGAU